UUAACACAGUUACAAUGGGCAAGAUUAUCUUCUACGAAGACAGGAACUUCCAGGGUCGUCACUACGAGUGCAGUAGUGACUGUCCUGAGAUGCAAAACCACUUCAGCCGCUGCAACUCGAUAAAGGUGGACAGCGGUUGUUGGGUUGCCUACGAGAAGCCCAAUUAUGGCGGCUACCAGUAUAUGCUGCACAAGGGCGAGUAUCCCGACUAUCAACGCUGGGCAGGCUUCAAUGACUGCAUCCGCUCCUGCCGUAUGGUGCCACCUUAUAACGGGAACUACAGGAUGAAGAUCUUUGAGCGCUCUGACUUUGGAGGCCAGAAUCUGGAGCUAAUGGAUGACUGCCCAGAUCUGCAUGAGCGUUUCCAUACCCGUGACAUCUCCUCCGUCAAUGUCAUGGAGGGCUACUGGAUGCUGCAUGAACACCCCAAUUACAGGGGACGUCAGUACUUCUUGCGUCCUGGAGAGUACAGGAGGCACAGCGAGUGGGGAAGCACCAGCCCCACCAUCGGAUCUCUGAGACGUGUCACUGAGGUCAACUGAUUCCCGGCAUCUUCUGUUUUUUUAACCCUUAUUGAGCCCCACUGUCAAACAUCCCACCCUCUUGUCCCCCCUAAUGCCAGCACUGUUUCAGUGUGGUCUCAACAUUGUGGUGUCCAAACCUGAAAUCAUACGGAGGGUUUUGGUGUGUUUGAUGUUGGGUUCUGGUUUUGUUGGGUUGCUUUGCAUUGUUGGGUAAAGUUCCUCCCCAACUCAAGAAAUGCUCAAUAAAUAGUGAUGAUCUUUUUUGCUUUGGUCGUCCCAGAGCAAAAUGGUUUGCCUCGCCAGGUCCCCAACCUCCUGUCCUACUGGAAUCACAAUAAAAGAAAACUUGAUGAAAGUCAA